AGAGGAUCUUCACUCGUCAGAUAGUUAAGACUCAAUAACUGCGAGCUCAACCGUGCAAAUUCAGAAGAAACAUCAGAAAAACAUAGACCCUUGCAGGUGUCAGAGGCUUUGUGAUUCCAGUAAUUCAAAUGAUGCCUUUUCUUUCUUUGAACGCGGGACAAACGAAGCUGUGAAUUUCAUCCACGCUUCGAUAGGAUUUUCUACGAUUUUAAAUUUUGAUUGAAUCAUUGGGAUGUAACGUUGAUCAUGAUUGACAUAUUUGGGACAAACAAAAAACGACGCUGGAUAUUUUGACCAGGGAUCACUUCGAAUUUCUACGAUUUUCAUUUUUCUUUAUUUAUUUGAACGUCGCUUUGAUUUGGACAGACGUUUAGAAGUGAACACGCAGAUGUUUCUUAUGAUGUAAACACUUUCGAGUUGAUCUCUCUGGAAUAAAACUGGACGUUCUCAAAUGGCCUACGGAUAAAUAGUGUUAACUAACAGUAAUGGGUUAGGUGACUUCGGUUGGAUACAUUCAAAUCAACUCUAGAUCGUCCCAUCUGAUCAGGGGAGAUUGAAUUCUCUUAUUUUUUGCGGCAUACUGUUUCCAUGGAAAUUUUUAUAUACUCAUCAUGAUCGUAGUUGUUUAGCUGUCCUGAUCUAGUAGCACUCUGAUCAAGGAACUUAACGAGAAAUGAGCGCCAACAUUUCGCAUAGCAACGGGACAUCGAGAUCCCCAACCCUUCACUUCAUCACAACAACGCCAACCGUUGCCAUGGGAACGGAGGAGGAGGGGAUGAUGGAUGGGGUCCACGAUGAGACGUCUUAUCGAUUUCGUACCAUCUCACCGGUGCUCUUCGGAUGUGCUUGUGUGUUGACAUUGUUAGGUCUGGUGCUAUCUACCGUAUUUCUCGUCUUCAAUAUCAGAUAUCGAAAUCAUAGGUUAAUAAAAAUGUCAAGCCCUAAUUUGAACAUACUGAUUGUGCUUGGCACCAUUCUCAUCUACGCAUGCGUGAUCCUCCUAGGAAUCGACAGUAAUACGUCAUCACUAGAAACCUUAACAGCACUCUGCAAGACACGUUUGUUCCUGCUCAUGUGCGGUUUCACGUUAGUCUACGGGUCUCUCUUCACCAAGUCUUGGCGGGUAUAUAGAAUAUUUGGACACACUGGUGCAAAACGGAUGGUGAUACGAGAUAAUAAACUAAUCGGAAUAAUAGCUUGUUUACUUCUUGUCGAUUCUCUUAUCAUGGCAAUAUGGCUGAUCUUCGAUCCCCCACAAUGCCAGGUGAAAGUACUUCCGGUGACGUCGCAGAAAGCAACAACUCAAUCAACUGAAAAUCCCUUGACAACGCCACAAACCACGCCCACAUGGAGGGGUGCGGUCUACGUAUGCCACUCCCAUUAUCAUGAAAUCUGGCUGCUUGUCAUCUACGUUUAUAAAUGCAUCAUUCUCCUCUACGGCACUCAUCUUUCAUGGGCAACUAGAAAUGUCGCCCUCAGCGCCAUGAACGAUGCAAGAUGUAUCAUCAUCUCUGUGUAUACCUGUGUCGUUCUGGUUUCGAUGGCAACGGCUCUAUCGUCGACGAUGUGGCGGUGGCCCAACGUGUGGUACUCUUGUCUGGCCUUGGUCUUGCUUCUCUGUACGACAGAAGUCCUGGUCUUGGUUCAUCUUCCAAAGAUACUUGCAUGGAAGGAUAACCCAGAUGCCACGAUGCCGUUGUCAAGGACGCUUACAUCGUCAUACAUAGCAACCAAUCACGGUCAAUCAUUCAAUCAAGUAGAAGAGGAGUUAUUUCUCUUAUCUGCGGAGAAUGCAGCUUUAAAACGGUCGCUUGGCGAGAAAGAUGAUACCAUCAAGUUGCUUCAGAGUCAUGUUGGGGUUGCCAAGGAGAAACUCUGUCAGCUGAUCGUCGAAGGUGACGGCCGCCAUGACAGUGGAUGUGAUUUCGAUGGUUCUUCAUCGGCCACCAGCCAAGAAGAUCCUGCAUCGAUUGGUACAGAGCCAAGUGUCAGCGAAAAGUCCGUCACAGAGAAGCCAGUAGAUUACGCCCAGGAGUCCGGGGGCUCUCAACAGAACAGUCCCGUUAAGAAAAAGAAAAGGUCGCCGAAGAAGUGCAAAGGAACAUCAACGAAAGGUCUUUCAAUGGAGGAAGAAGCAGUGACGGUUGUCGAUUUGGAAGAUAAAAAUGUUUUAGAUCGAUCUUCAUCUGCGUUAAUACCUCCAACAACUGGUCGACGGGAGAGCUUAAGCGUGCAAAGCAUACGCAGGAGAAGAGCAAACAGUCUUCGAAGUGUCGGCAGCGCGUCGUCCCAAUUUGAAGAACUGCGCAACUGUAUCGCAAAAGAACUGCACCAAGCUCAGCAUAUAUCGUCAAACCUGCGCGAUUCCAUAGCGCAGGAUUUGGGCUCGUGCCGGGAAAGACCUUUAUAUUACGAUAUCGCGCGCACGGAGGGAGAAAUAAUGUCAUCCUUGAGCAAAUCCUACAGACUAAGAGAUGACGACACGCAUUCUUUAGCAAGUAGUACAUUCACAUAUGAUAAUCCUGUCUUUUCUCGUGAUCAGUUUCCAAGGAGAAGUAACAGCAGUUAUCGGACAAGCAGAACAAGCAGACAAUCCAGCUUUCGAUCCGUUGCCAGUAUUGCCCUUGAAAUAGCAGAGAGCUACUCGAGAAAAAACAAGAACGGGAACGCCAAAGACAGAGAAUUGCAGUGGCCAAGUUAUAUUCCGCCCAAGGAAUCUAAAGUGCGCAGUGGGGAGCCUUUACGAGUUGUGCGCAGCUCAGAAGCGCCAAUUGUGUAUACUAGGAGCAUAUACAAUACAUACGUUUGAACGAACAUAAAGAUCAAUUAUGCUUUAACUCAGACAUGUCAGUUUGCUUUAAUGUAUAUAAAAGUAUCGAUUUUGUGAAGAUACAACUAUAUUUAUUACUGAAAUGAACUUUGUUUUAACUUAUUUUCAAAUAUCGUAAUAUGGAGGUAUAAUGAUGCUCUGCUGAUGCAAGCCGUCAGUAAUUUGCUAUUGUGUUUUGUACUAUUUACAAAUAAUUAUCAGAACUUCAUUACGGCUUAAUAUUGUAUGGCAGCGGUGUGAAAUUCAGGUUCUAGGUGUCAAUCUGGAACAGUUUUGCUCUGAUAAAAUAUUAGAUCUGUCAAAACUAAGAUUUAACAAUUAUAAAUCAUGGUUAGUUUAUUUUAGAUAUAAUGAUGACCACCUUUUCAUGAACAUAUGAAAUAUGAAAUAUAUAUACCUAAUGAAUAUUCAUGACGACUGUUUUCACAAAAUUUUGCUAAACUUUAAAAUUCAAUAACUUUGUUAUUUGUUAUCCGAUUUUGAUGAAGUUUUCGGCAUUUUGCUCAGUGAAUUCUACUCUAUUUAUUAAGCUAUACAUACUUUCAGCCCGGACCAUCCCUUUAACUGAACAUGCGACAUGUCGUAAUUCCGCCGGAAAGAUAGUGUUUACAUUCAUGGCGGUGUGUUCACAUUGUGAAAUACAGUGUAGAGUCACCUUCACACUGUUAAAUUUUAGUAUUUUAACCAUUUUACCAGUGUGAAUCACAUCUUCACAAAGUAGACUAUAAACACACACCAUAAACACUCACGUUGGCCAACCGUAUGAAAUGUUAGGCCUAUUUCACAUUUUUAAAUUUAGAGUAUGAAUUAUAUCUUCACAUAGUUCACUAUAUGAACACACACCAUGAACACUCAUGUAGACCAAUUGGUCAACCGAAUGAAAUGUUAGGCCUAUUUCACACUUUUAAACUAGAGUAUAUGAAUUAUACCUUCACAAAAUCCACUAUGUGAACACACUGUGUGGCACUGCACUGUGUGAUACUAUGUUAUAUCCAGCAUUGAUAUUGGUACCAACGAACGUAGAGGGUGUCAACACUGUGCAGGUAUCACGAUUCUAAUUAGGCCUACAGCAGAAAGGCAAAAGAUAUUAAUUCGACCUAACCCAAUUUUUUUUAUUCUGAUACAGCUGAUUAACAAAAGUGUAUGCAUAUAAUUAUUCAUCUGAAACUGAUUCUAUGGAGGGCAACUACUGAACUUUCUUUUCCAAAUCAAGAGAUAAUGUUACUUAACUUAUCUAUUUGACCGGCGGAAGAAUUAGGGUUAUUUUACUGUAUCGGGUGAAGAAUUUGUUCCCCCAAGGAGAUGUCUUCAUAAAUGCCGAUUUAUUUUUAAAAUGGGCCGGUUGAGGUACCCUUUUGUGGUCAUAUAUGGACUGCCAGAUAUAUAUCCUAUCCAGCCAUAGUAAAUAUUCGACUUUCUAUUUUUGUCCUUAUUCUUAAUGAUUUUUUUUUUAUAUUGACAUUUUUACACACGAGUCUUGGGGAAAUGUUUAACGCGCGUGACACCUGGGCCCCGUCUUACGUGUGUUUAUUCUUCCAUUGCGAGGACAGAAUCAGCGUUUUCAAACGUCGAUUCAAAACGCCGAUCGUAAACGUGGUUCUGGGAGUGCUGUUUAUGCUUCACUUUUCAGAGGCGAAAUCACGAACUCCAGCUGGCUUCGCAUCGUAAUUUUCGUUGAGCAGGAAAGCGAGGUCAAAUUGGGCGCGCCCUUUUUCGAAAGUUUUUUUCCUGAGAGUUGUUAUAGGGAAGGUACGUUGACUGUUAUUUAAACAUCGAACAAUUUCCAAUAUUUAGUCAUUGCAUGGAGCUACUUGACAUAGCCAUAUAUUUUCCACCAUGGUGAGGAUAAUAGUGAGAAAAAAUAAAGAAUAUUAAAGUAUACAUAAUAAAAUAAUAAAACAUCUAUUUGUUUAUAGGCAUCGGGCGAUGUCUCCUCAUUAUAACUCAUGUUCCAGGGUUUUUUUUUUGUAAAUCCCUCAGCAUUCAUCGUGAUGACAAAUUGGAAGAGUAAUACUAGUGAUAGUACUUAAAUCAAUUAUCACACAUGCAAAUGUAACAAGGGAGAUGAGAGGUAAUGAGAGGUAACACGCGACCAUGGAGCAAUGCGACUGUAUUUGCCCGCGGAUUUUCAUCUCACCGGAAGCAUGUACCAAAUGACGUAAUUUAAACACGUUUACGAUCGUGGUUCUGUUUAUACUUCCCCAGAAAUCCUGAUUCUGGUCAAACGACGUUUACAAACGCACCUUUUUGUGAGUUUACGAUCGGCGUUUUGAAACAGCGUUUAUGGACGUUCCACAGUUAAAGUGAAAUCCAUGUCAUUUUCACCAAACUUUCCACAUUGAUACUUUAGAACCUUAAUAUUCGAAAUAUGCAAAAAUUAACAUAGGUCCAUGUGCUUGAUUUUUUGCUAUAGAGCUUCAAAGUAUACCCAAAUUGAUGUUCUUAAAAAUUGCGCAUUCAAAAGAAUUUGGCAUUUUUAGACCACCCAAGAUUACUACAAUGAGUUUAAACCUAUAUUACUCAGUCAAAAUACAUGAAAAAGUCAUCAAAUUUCGCAAGAGAGUUAAUAAUUGUAUCGUUAGAAUGGAGAAUAUAUUUAUAGUGCUAUUUGUUUGCAAUUUUAAGUUUAACAGCACUGCCAUUUCUUAAAAAUUGCGUAAAAGACAACAAAAUCCCAAUCUAAAAAAUGUGAAAUUUCAGUUACAAACUACAAACGUACAAUAAAUGCUGCACUUUAUUCAAAAUCCAUGUCAUUUUCACCAAAAUUUGCAGAGUUGUAGAGGAAGGUAUACCUAAGCGGUACAAACAUUAAAAAAUAGGGGUUCAUGUGCUUGUUUUUAAACUAUCAGCAUUUUUAUUAGAGCAAAUGUGCUUUUUAAAACACCUAAAAUGCGCCAAAUGCUUUGUAUCUAUGUGAAGAAAAAAUCAAAACCACUCUACCAUUCAUUCAAACUCGGGGUAAUAUUCGUGAUUCUUGGCAGCACUGCAGAGUAAAGUAUUUUGAAAUUGUAGAGAAUGUUUUUUUGAAUGGUCCAUGGAAUAAUUCCACUUUAUAGCUUCAUGAAAUAACACAUCGGAUCUGCAGUUAAAGUGCAGAAGAUGAGAAAAAUCAGCUCAUACCCGCAGCUAAUUAAUCACCUGUUCAUCCAUUGUGACGUCAGCGCGCAGAGUGUAAACUAUGCGCAGAUCAUAAUGCGCACAAACAUAACUGUGGAACGUCCUUAAAUGAAAGUAAGCACGGACGCAACCGUGUUUUGGACUAAUCACGUUUGGAAACGCUGAUUCUGGCCUGAAAUGUGGAAGCAUAAACACGGCCAAAGAGUAACGAUGGAUCCUAUCAAUCGUAAGACUGUGGAAAUCCAUCAACGUCAUAAAUUUUUCUUCAGGAAAUUUGAACAAUGUCCUUUGUAAACAAGGAGAAGCAUCUUGCAUUUUCAAGAAAACAAUAAAUAUAUGAUUAUACACCUUAGUUAGAAAAUAUUUGAACAAACAUGCAUAAUAGAUGUUGACGUUGCGUGUUUUCCAUAGUUGUUUUUAUUGGACCAAUCCUAACUCUUUGUAAGACGGUUUCAGCAGUGUUCAUGUAUAUUGUUGACACCCUCUACGUUCGCUGGUUUAAACAUGAUCACCUUUACCAUGACAUAGUUUCAUGUACAAAUCAAAAAAGGUAAUCACGGUUUUACCAUUGUCUUAUCAUAUGAUAAAUACAAUCAAUAAAAUAAUGAACUGUGACCUAAAUGCUAAAUUUUUACCAUGGGCUUAUGACAUGCCUCAUAUCAAUAACAUAAUAUAAGAAUCAUGGUUUUAACGUGAUUUUACCAUUUCAGAAUCACUAUGCAGCUAAUUAAGAUAUCAAUUCAGGAUAACGAUGAAAGCAGAGUGUAAUUUUAUACCACUUAUUCCAAACAGUGACUUUACUUUUGUGUUUUACUUAACAUUUAUUUUUCAUUACAUUUAACAUAAUGUAAAAAUGAUAGAAUUGCCUUCAGCAAAAAGAAAGUAUGUUCAAACAUGAUUUUAGCAUGUUCAAAUUACCAACAAUAAUUGCAGUUGUUACUUCUUUUUCUCUGACAUUGAACUAGGGUACUUUAACUCCUUACGCUGAAUAUUGAGUGUUUUUAAGUAACGUUCUUAAAUAUAUUUUAGUAUGGUAUCUGACAGUGGCUGAAUACAUGGUUAAAAUGAAGGGGCCCUUUAGUUGAGCUGAGAAAAUGAAAAAGCAUGUCAAAUUGACGCAAUAUGAUUGUGUCUUCUUUUUUUUUACCUGGAUCAAUAUCUUUAAAUUUAGAUAUAACUAAAUCGAUCUAUUUUAUUGUGGAAGAUCAGUCGAAUAAUUGAUUUGAAAUAUAAUGUUCAUUAAUCUAUGGUGCUCAUGGUGAUGGUGAUAUUAGCGAGUUUUCGUAAUUACAUCGAGAACGGAUUCUACAACAUACUACACAAAAUCUAUUUAAACUGUCCGUCAAUCACAAUGAACAGCCGAGAGGUCUUUGUCGAAAAUUGGUGCACCGGGACUGCAGAGGAUCGUCGUAAAAUUCUGAGCUGACGAAUAAUUGCAAAUAAUUAUGUCGUUUGUCCAGAUUCACGGACGACACCAAUGUUUUGAUUCACCGAUUUUCAACAAAGACUGCUUUGUCAUGAAGGGCUUUCGACAAUUCUGUACACUGUAAAAAUUGUGGUGUUAAAACUGACAACAGUUGGUGUUAAUAGAGGACCACACCCUGAGGUGUUAAAAUUUCACCCUAGAGAUUGAACAUAACACAAAAGAGUGUUAAUGUAAAUACCAAAGGUGUUGCAUAGGUGUUGAACUAACACUGUCAAAUUAACACCGGUGUAAAAUAACUGGUUCGGUCCUCUAUGUACACCGGUUAACACCACAGUUUUUGCCGUGUACGUUCUGCGUAGUGGUUGUGAAAACUCCUUAUUGUCUAUGAUAGUUAAUGUGAAAGGUAUUACACUUUAAUUACAACUAGAUUGUUGAAGUAAAUGUUAAUUCCAAGUCAAAAUUGGCGUUCGACGAUUGAAGUACUCCAUCAAUUAUAACACAUUAAAUCUAAUAAAUUAUUGAAUCAAUAAUUUUAAAAGAA